AGUCCAAAAUGACGAAUGUUCUUUGGUUUUCACCUACGGCUUUAAUUUAGGCGAGGAUGAAGAAUGCAUUUCGAAUCGACUAGAGCGAACUACGUUUCGCCGCGGAGUGUUACUGAUUUGAAUCGUGUGCAACAGUGUAGUGGUGGAGUGGUGCGGUAAUCGCUGAGCCAGUCUGUGCGCUAAAAUUGGUAGCUAGAAAUGAACUUUGUUUGUGCAGCAUAUGUGUACAUUUAACAAAGUCGUUGUUCAAGCGCCCACUUCAUUUUGUCCUUUGGAUAGUUUUACAAAAUAUUUACAUCUGUAUCUUGCGAAACCAAGGACCACAGUACUGGAAGGACUUUACUGACCUCAAGAUGUCAAUUCUGCCUUUUACUCCCCCCAUUGUGAAAAGGCUUUUGGGUUGGAAAAAAGGCGAACAGAACGGACAAGAGGAGAAAUGGUGUGAAAAAGCUGUGAAAAGCCUGGUGAAGAAGUUGAAGAAAACAGGGCAACUGGAUGAAUUGGAAAAAGCCAUCACGACACAGAAUAUCAACACGAAAUGUAUUACUAUACCAAGGUCUCUGGAUGGACGGUUACAGGUGUCCCACAGGAAGGGCCUCCCGCACGUCAUCUACUGUCGCCUGUGGCGCUGGCCGGACCUGCAGUCCCACCACGAGCUGCGGGCCGUGGAGCUCUGUGAGUACGCCUUCCACACCAAGAAGGAUGAGGUGUGUGUCAACCCCUACCACUACCAGAGGGUGGAGACGCCAGUGCUGCCUCCUGUGCUGGUUCCCAGACACACAGAGAUCCCCAGUGAGUUUCCUCCUCUGGACGACUACAGCCACUCCAUCCCAGAGAACACCAACUUCCCCGCCGGCAUCGAGCCACAGAGCAACUACAUACCAGAGACUCCUCCACCUGGCUAUCUCAGUGAAGAUGGGGAGACCAGUGAUCACCUGAUGAACCACAGCAUGGACACCAGUUCACCCAACCUGUCACCAAACCCAGUGUCUCCAACACACAGCAAUUUAGACCUACAGCCUGUGAUGUACUGUGAACCAGCCUUCUGGUGUUCUAUCUCCUACUACGAGCUGAACCAGCGGGUGGGCGAGACCUUCCACGCCUCCCAGCCAUCCCUCACCGUGGACGGCUUCACCGACCCCUCCAACUCAGAGCGCUUCUGCCUGGGCCUCCUCUCCAACGUCAACCGUAACGCCGCUGUGGAGCUGACACGCAGACACAUCGGCAGAGGGGUACGUUUGUACUAUAUUGGAGGAGAGGUGUUUGCAGAGUGCCUCAGCGACAGUGCCAUCUUUGUCCAGAGUCCCAACUGUAACCAGCGUUACGGCUGGCACCCCGCCACGGUCUGCAAGAUCCCCCCAGGCUGCAACCUGAAGAUCUUUAACAACCAGGAGUUUGCUGCCCUGCUGGCCCAGUCGGUGAACCAGGGCUUCGAGGCGGUCUACCAGCUCACCAGGAUGUGCACCAUCCGCAUGAGCUUCGUCAAGGGCUGGGGAGCAGAGUACAGGCGACAGACCGUGACCAGCACCCCUUGUUGGAUCGAGCUGCACCUCAACGGUCCCCUGCAGUGGCUGGACAAGGUGCUCAUGCAAAUGGGUUCCCCCAGCAUCCGCUGCUCCAGCGUGUCGUAGGAAUACUCUCUCCACCGUCUCUGUCACAGCACCAGUGAAUUAAACAGACUAGAGACCAUAGACACAUCAACUAAAGGAUCAGAAAGGGUUCGGCAGGUAUUGAGAGAAGGCUUUGUGUCUUUGGAAGAAGAGCCUGUAGGCUGAGAAAGCCCAACCCUCGUCUGAGACAUAUUCUCCCCAACCCUCGUCUGUCACAUACUCUCCCCAACCCUCGUCUGUCACAUACUCUCCCCAACCCUCGUCUGUCACAUACUCUCCCCAACCCUCGUCUGUCACAUACUCUCCCCAACCCUCGUCUGUCACAUACUCUCCCCAACCCUCGUCUGUCACAUACUCUCCCCAACCCUCGUCUGUCACAUACUCUCCCCAACCCUCGUCUGUCACAUACUCUCCCCAACCCUCGUCUGAGACAUACUCUCCCCCAACCCUCGUCUGUCACAUACUCUCCCCAACCCUCGUCUGUCACAUACUCUCCCCAACCCUCGUCUGUCACAUACUCUCCCCAACCCUCGUCUGUCACAUACUCUCCCCAACCCUCGUCUGUCACAUACUCUCCCCAACCCUCGUCUGUCACAUACUCUCCCCAACCCUCGUCUGUCACAUACUCUCCCCAACCCUCGUCUGUCACAUACUCUCCCCAACCCUCGUCUGUCACAUACUCUCCCCAACCCUCGUCUGUCACAUACUCUCCCCAACCCUCGUCUGUCACAUACUCUCCCCAACCCUCGUCUGUCACAUACUCUCCCCAACCCUCGUCUGUCACAUACUCUCCCCAACCCUCGUCUGUCACAUACUCUCCCCAACCCUCGUCUGUCACAUACUCUCCCCAACCCUCGUCUGUCACAUACUCUCCCCAACCCUCGUCUGUCACAUACUCUCCCCAACCCUCGUCUGUCACAUACUCUCCCCAACCCUCGUCUGUCACAUACUCUCCCCAACCCUCGUCUGUCACAUACUCUCCCCAACCCUCGUCUGUCACAUACUCUCCCCAACCCUCGUCUGUCACAUACUCUCCCCAACCCUCGUCUGUCACAUACUCUCCCCAACUCUCCCCAACCCUCGUCUGUCACAUACUCUCCCCAACUCUCCCCAACCCUCAUCUGUCACAUACUCUCCCCAUCCACACCAACUGACAGCACUUUUUUAACGUUUUUUUUUGUACAUGUUUGUGGCAAAAGGGGACGUGUGCAUUAAAACAGGAAGGCGUUGUUAUCGCCUCUAUGUCAUAGACAUGUUUUUAUUGAACAUGAUUAAUAUGUCGGCAUCUAGUGCCAACACCGCUGUAGCAUGGGACAUUUUAAGGCAUGAGAUUCCUCCAUUUUUCUUUUCUGUUUUUGUUAUCAUUGUUAGUUGUACAUAUGUUUAUGUAGCGCUGCUAGGUAAUUACUAGAUUGGGUGUUUCGGAAUGGUGAGUGAUACUGCUUUUUAUAUAGCAUGCUAGAAGAACAUGAAGUUUUACACAUUUCAGUGGAGACUUUCUAUGGUUGGCAGUUUUUUUUUUCGUUGUCUUUUUGUUGCAAAUUUGUAGAAUGCCGCCCAUUUGUUAGCUGAUUGAAAAUAUAUGAAUUUGUCGUGAUGAAAUAUGUUCCUCCCUUGCCACUUCUGAGUAGUGUGUAAAGGGAAAUCUAGUAAGAAGCUUUUAGGCGAGGUCUUUUUGGAAGCGCGCCAAAUCUCUUUCCCGCACAGUCAGAGACCAUUGGGUUGUGGAUUUGAACUGUCACCCAGAUAUCCUCUGACUGUCUGAGGAGUUUGACAUAGCAGUGUAUUUCUCAAUACAUCUGAAACUGUGGUUUGAUUAUCCAUAGCAUUUGACAAAAUUAGAACUUUACAAAAAUAGUUUUUUUGUAUUUUACCCCCUUUUUCUCUGCAAUUUCGUGACAUCUAAUUGCGAUCCAAUUACGAUCUUGUGUCAUCGCUGCAACUCCCCAAUGGGCUCGGGAGAGGUGUAGGUCGAGCCGUACAUCCCCCGAAAUAUGACACGCCAAGCCGCACUUCUUAACACCCGCCCACUUAAACCCAGAAGCCAGCUGCACCAUUGUGUCAGAAAACAUUGUUCAACUGACGACCGAGGUCAGCCUGUAGGCGCCCGGCCCGCCACUAAGAGUCGCUAGAGCGCGAUCAGGCAAAUAAAGCCCCACCUGCCAAACACUCCGCUAACCCGGACAACACUGGGCCAAUUGUGCGCUGCCCUAUGAGGCUCCCGGUCACAGUCGUUUGUGACACUGCCUGAGAUCGAACCCAGGUCUGCAGUGACGGCUCAGGCCUUAGACCGCUGAGCGACUCGGGAGGCCUUGACACAAACUUUUGUCAUGGCAAUGGUCGUGUUGAGCGACGUUGCCCCUGCAUUUUUACAAGAAAUCUCAAAGUCUGGGAAUAGUUGAUCCAAUCAUUAUAUAAGCAAACAUACUUCAAGGGGCAAUUCUUAGUGUCCAUUUUGGAAAAGUGACUAUUGACUGCUUAUGGGCAUUGCAGAGUGUUGCCAGUCAGCUGUUGUUCUCAGAACCUAGGAUUAAGCUAAGUAUCCUGGACUAUAGAUACAGGAGUGUUCCUUUCUCAUCUCUAUUUUACUACAGAAGUGUAAUGUUCUGUAUUUUGUAAUGAAACGCCAUGCAAGACUGUAUGGUGCUGAUGUGAAAACCCUGAGAGGUGCACUAUCGCUUGUUAAAAGCUAGCUAGUCUGAUCUCUCUCUCACACACACACACCAGUUGCCAUACCCCCGUCCUUGGCUGAUACCUGUCUCAAUCUGCACAUUUUCUAGGACUCCAUGGGUUCCCCUGGAAGUGAUAACUGUGGGUAAGAGUGGAACCUGUACUAUGGUCUGUAUUAUUAGUGUUGUUUCAUCACUGUUUCUUUGAUGUAGUACUCACUCAGAUCCAGCAGGGGGUGCUACUCUCACCCCAAAAAACACACGUGUAUAUACAUCUAGAAAAAAAAUCUAAUGCAUGCUUAUUUUCACACUCGUCCCCUUUCUUUUGUAAUGUAGAUUCUAUUUUGCUACCAAGUAUUUUUGUAAAAAGGGGAUGGUAUAGCAUUAUAUGCUCUGCUCCUGAUGUCGUCACGGCGAUUGAGACACUGCUGUCAGGUGGAGAGGACAAUGUUUUGGGGGAAUGCAGAUGUAGUUUUGUUUUAUUUUGUUUUAAGGGAAACGUUAGCCGACCCUGGUAAUGUACAUAGUAGGACCAAGUCCCCUUUCUGACAGUCUGUACUUUCUUCAAUACUCUACUCCUCUUAUGAAAUGCAGGAUUUUAAGCCUUCUUACUGUGUACCUGGAAGUGUAUGAGUGUGUGUUUCUAUGAAUAUGACCAUUGUGAUCCUGAUGGUUUUGGGCUAGAGGAGGACAGAAGGGAUGUAGGGGGAGAUCAGAUCUCCCUGUAAUGACCGACAGCACCGCUUAUUAUUACAAUCCCCUCACUGAAGACUGCACUGUCUGGAAUGGCACCCUAUUCCCUACAUGGUGCACUACUACCCAUAGGGCGCUGGUCAAAAGUAGUGCACUACUACCCAUAGGGCGCUGGUCAAAAGUAGUGCACUACUACCCAUAAGGGCGCUGGUCAAAAGUAGUGCACUACUACCCAUAGGGCGCUGGUCAAAAGUAGUGCACUACGUGCCAUUCCAGAUGCAGCCCAUUUGUCUUUAUUAGGAGUGGUCUGUGUUUUGGGUGUUUCCAUUCCCAUCUUACUGUAUGGGGGUGCUUGGUCAAGGUGGAGGGAAUUGAACCAUGGUCUCCUACAGCACUUAGUUACUUAAGUGCAUUGACCAAGCGCAAGCUUCUGUCUUGACGCUCACCCAACGGUGAUAACUGCUAGCCGUUAUCGUUACAGUGAUGCUAACCCAACGGUGCUAGCUGUUAACAUUAGUGAUGCUAACCCAACGGUGCUAACUGCUAGCAGUUAACAUUACAGUGAUGCUAACCCAACGGUGCUAACUGCUAGCCGUUAUCAUUAUAGUGAUGCUAACCCAACGGUGCUAGCUGUUGACAUUAGUGAUGCUAACCCAACGGUGCGAGCUGCUAGCAGUUAACAUUACAUUGAUGCUAAGCCAACGGUGCUAGCCGUUAACAUUACAGUGACACAGAGCAGUGUGUAUGAGGUUAUACUGUUAUACUGCUCUCCAUGUACAUUGUCCUACAAGGACAUUUCAGAAAAAGUAGUAUCUACCGAUCUGGAGAAAGAGAUUUGCUCUUUUGUAAAGCUGUCCCCAAGUGUCCAGGUGAACUGAACCCAAAUUCACCGUCCUAUAGGACCAUUGAAAAUCCAAUGGUACAUGCAUUUACCUGAUAGAAUAUAUUUUAUUAGCAAAGAAAUGUUUUUAAUCUGCUCUUCAAGUUGUAUUGCUUGUUCUUGUUUCCACCCGUACUAUUCUGUGUGUAUUAGUUGUUUGUUCUUUUUAUGCUCCCAAAUCUUUUAAUGUCAUUUUGUAUAAAUAUAUAUCCUUUUUUUUUUGCAUAGGAAAUGUUGUCGAAAUGAUGCAUCAUACUUGUAUCUGUUAUUGUUGGUCUUUUAAUAAAAAAAUACAUAUCUCAACCGA